CCCAGGAGCCUGCAUUUACAACCUCGAGCUUCCGGAGCUGUGGUGGCCCCAGCCCCAAGUGCCGACAGAUGUGCGCAGCUGGGAAAGCCAGCGGUGCAGUCCGCAAUCUGCUCCAGUGCACCUGUCCUGCAGCAGGCCCCUGCAGCCUGGAAGCAGAGAUGCCCUCCUGUGCCACUGGACCUCUGCACUCUGCAGAGGACAUGAUCCCAGAGCUGUUUCCUGGGACUGACGUCACAUCAGCCACUGUCACGCUGGAGGCCCCCGUCAGGAGGUCAGUAUCUGCCCAGACCAGCAUGCCACCUUCUCAUUCUCUUGCUUUGCCCAGAAGUGCCGACAGCCUCCCCGACGAGCGCCCAGCAUUCCUACCUGGUCCCACUCAGCUCUGUGCCCUCCCCCGGUGUCACCUGGGAGCCUUGGAGCUGGGCCCUGCUUAUGCAGCACAUCCUGCCACUCACAGCCAACCAGAAACCAUCACUCAGGUGCCCCCAAGGCUGGGUGUCCGUGUUCAUGUGGCAGCCCGAGAGUCUCUGUGCCUGGUGACAGACUUUGGGGACCAUUCUGGGGUUCAAAUGAGCAUCCGCAAUGUGUCUGGGGAUGUGGCAGUUACUGCCUCCCACUGGUACAGCAGAGGUAGGCAGGGUCCAGGGUCAGUGUGGGACGUGGGGAGACACUGUGUCCUAGGACUUGCGCAGAGGGGACGACCCUCCAGCUCGUUUGCCGCUUCUUUGUCCUAUGAUACAUGGACUCAGGGACUGGCCUUGUGCCUGUCCUUCAUACCCUUUAUCUCAGUGGAUCCUAUGUGUGCCUAUGGAACAGUCUUCCUGCAGAUGAGCAGAACCACCUCUGCUGUGUCCGUUCCCAUGGUAGCCCCCCAACACACCCUUCCACAUAUGUUAAUGAUCCAGAGAAUGGCAUCCUUUCUUUUUCUAGAGGGAGUCUACAUACUCAAAGCAGUUAUUUAUGAUGAGUUUUCUGGAACUGAGAAAGAGCUUGGGCCUUAUUAUGUGAAAAUCAACAAUGAGGACGUAUCUGUGUUCAUGAAUUCCAGCAGCAUCCACAAGGAUGAGCUUCUGGUCUUUGCUGGUUCCCACCCAGAUCAGAAAGGCACUGUUGUUAGGCAUCGUUUUCCACCCACUUCCUCGUAUAACGUGUCCUUUGCUUCUCUGACCCACGAGGGCAACAGCCAAGCUUGGCCCCGCAUGCCUGUUUCAUAUCAGAUGCAACCCAUCUCUGUCUACACCAACGGAACUGUGUUUGCCACGGACACCAACAUCUCUUUUGAAGCCAUUACCAAGGAGAGGAUGCCCCUGAAGUUUGAGUGGCAUUUUGGGGACGAGCCACCCAUGAGGACAACGUCGAGCAGUGUCAGGAGGAGGCUCAGCCGCCCGGGGUGGUACCAUGUGUGGGUGGAGGUCUCCAGUGGUGCAGGCUGGGCAGCCUCGGAGCCCCGGCGCAUCAGGGUGCAGAGGAGAGUCGUGGCCAAUCGGCUCGUGUCUGCUGCCUCGGCCCUGGCGAACACUAGUGUGGCCUUUGAAUGCAGAAUCAACUUUGGCACUGAUGUUGUUUACCUGUGGCACUUUGGAGAUGGCACCGUCGCCCUGGGGGACAGCUCCUCCAGCCACAUCUACAGGAGGGAAGGGGAGUUCACUGUGGAGGUCCUCGCGUUCAAUAAUGUCAGCACCACCUCCCUGAGAAAGCAACUUUUCAUCGUGCAUAAGCCCUGCCAACCACCCCCGGUGAAGAACAUGGGGCCCGGAAAGGUGCAGGUGUGGCGGUCCCAGCCUGUGAGACUGGGAGUGACGUUUGAAUCUGCCGUUCUCUGUGACAUUUCCCAAGGCCUUUCCUACACCUGGAGAUUCAUGAAUUCGGCAGGGUCUCCAGUGCCUCUGCCUCCUGCUGUCACCACCCACAGGCAGACCAUCACUGUGCCUAACUACUUCCUGGAGCCUGGAAACUACACCGCACUUGCCAAGGUCCAUGUGGAAGGAAGCACUGUGCACAGCACCUACAGUGUUGGGGUAGAGGUGCGGGCCAGGGCCCCCGUCAGUGUGGUCUCUGAGGGCACACACCUGUUCAUCCCCAGAAGUGCCUCAUCCACCGUGGUGCUCACGGGGUCCCAGUCCUACGACCCAGACAAUCCCAGGGCCACUCUCAGGUACCACUGGAAAUGUACCGUGGCCAGCUCCCCCGGGAGCCCCUGCUUCACUGCCCCCUCUCCACACAGCUUGGGCACUGGGGCCCCCACCUUCUCAUUUGCAGCAGACACUCUCAGCCACAGCUAUGACCAGUUUCUUGUGACGCUGACGGUGUCCAGCAGUGGCCGGAACUCUUCAGAGGCACAGGUGGUCCUGUCCACCCACCUUGGUGCACUCAGGUUCGUCCACAUCUCUUGGGUCAACUUUAAAGACAUCUUCGUUAACUGGAACGAAGGGCUCUCUCUCCAAGCUGAGUGUGAAGGCUGUCGUGAGAUGUCGAAUCUUUCUUACUUCUGGGAUCUCUUUGUUGUGAAUGCAACAGAAAAGACCAGUGUAGAAGUUCCUUUUUGUAGAACAGUGGGGCUGCUGGGUUUGUUGGGAUUCGGGGCCAUCUCGAAGCUGUCAGAGUCCAGUCCACAGUUGGUGGAGUCAAGCAGAGCACAUCCCUACGUCACCACCACACAGCCCUCGUGGGAGCUGUUGCCAAGGGCCCUGGGCCGGCCUGCACGUUCAGCGGCGGGGACACGCCCCCCGGGGUCCACAGUCAUGCCCUGGCUUCCCACCUCGGGGGACGCUGCAGCCUCAGGGCAGGCUCCCUGGGAUCGGGGGUCCCUGGGGCCCAGCACCCCCAAGAGAAGUUGGCCCCCACAGAGCCCGUCGUCCUCUGCCCCCUCCGAUUGGGAGACCUAUUACAGCAAUAUCCAGGAGGCAGCACCCUCCACAGGGAGACCACCAGCUGACUGGACCAACAUCAACCUUCUGGGUUCGGGACCAAGUGUGCACGCUGAUGAGAGCCUCCAGGAGGGGGACAACCUACUGGUCCCCUUCCUCCCCACAGCUGGGGCCAGGCCCACCCUCCUGGUUGACUGGCCCAAGUCCCUGGUCAGCAGAGCUGUUUUCCACAGCUACACCUCCUCUGGUAUCACAGGACAAACUGUGACAAUAAAACCCUACUCACUCAGCCCCGGAGAGACAUACGUCCUGCAAACCUCUAUAGCUUUGAAGCACAGAUUCCUCGGGAAAGCUCAGCUCUACUUGACACUCAGUGGAGCCCCGCGGGACGUGGCCUGCCAGGUGCAGCCCCAUCACGGCCUGGAGGCACACACUGUCUUCAGUGUCUUCUGCACGUCGGGGAGACCGGACUUCCAUUAUGAAUUUAGUUACCAGAUAGGAAACCUUUCCAAACACACUUUGUACCACGGGAGAGACACCCAGUAUUACUUUAUGCUGCCAGCUGGAGAGCCCCUGGACAAUUAUAAAGUCCUGGUGUCCACUGAAAUCACAGAUGGCGAGGGCUCCCAGGUGCAGCCGUGUGCUGUGGCCGUGACCGUGCUGCCCCGUUUCCAUGGGAAUCACUGCCCAGGCGAGGAUGUAUAUAAUUCCAGCCUGAAAAACCUGUCUACCCUCCAGCUGAUGGGGAGCUACAUGGAAAUCAGGAACUAUAUCGCCAUGGUCACCAGGGUCCUGAGUCGGUGGGCCAAGGAGGACACAAGUCCCUCAUGUGGCCAGUGGUCACGAAUACAGGAUGCAUUGAUCUCUUCAGUGUGCAGAUUAGCUUUCACAGAUCAGGAAGAAGUGACUGAUUCUGUUCACCUGCUGAGGGACCUCCUACACUUCCCUAAUAAGCUAAGCCUCCUGAGCUCGGCUCUCAUCCUCAAACUUGCCCGGGCACUGCUCACUCCGAGCACAUUCCUGGGGAGGCCUGUGGUGGACAGAGAGCCGACGCUGCAGCUCAUCCUUCUCGUAUCCGGGGUCUUGGAAGUCUGUGACUAUGGAAAAUCCAAGAACGCGGACUACAUAUGGGAAGAAGGUGUUAAGGUCAUCUCGGACCUACUCUUAAGCUGCCUGCCUUCAAACAGCGGGCCUCGGCUGCACAUUAGUGCUGGGCACAUGGAGCUCAGCACACUCCUUCACCAUGGCCUUCAGGGCUCUGUGCAGAGCCUGGGCUCUGUCCAGGUGCAUUUACCUGGAGACCUGGCCAGGCAGAGUCCUGCUGGGAUGGAAGGACAACGCCCGUGCUACAUUAGCCAGCUCAUGUUCUUUAAGAAGAACCCAUACCCAGGGGCACCAGCUCCUGGCCAGGUUGGCGGAUCUGUCUUCCUGUCCCUGUACGACUGCUCCAGCAGGAGACCCAUCAGCAGACCGCGGCUGACAAGCCCCGUGACCGUACAGUUUGGGGAGGCAGGUGGCUGGGAUAACAGGAGAAACCAAACAAUGUUUGUGUUGCUUCGGGACAGAGUGAACUUUCAUCGGUUCGUUGGGCCUUCUGAAAACCCCCAGGAGUGUCUGCAGAUAAGGACAGAAUUUUCCAAGCCCCUUACGAGAGCUUUCCCAGUCAUGUUGUUGGUAAGGUUCUCCGAGAGGCCUACUCCUUCUGAUUUCCUUGUGAAACACAUCUACAGCUGGGAGGAGCGGAGUGUUCACAUCUGUGUGCCUGCCAUCUCACUGAGAGACACCAGCUUGGGCUAUUUGUCCUUGUUAGAUGCCGACUAUGACAGAACACCCCCCAAUCAGUACUUUGCUGAAGCGGUGAACUAUACAGUACAUUUCCAGUGGCUCCAAUGCCUGUUUGGGGACAAGAGAGAGUGGAGAUCUGGAAGUUUCUCGCCACAACCAGGAAGCUCUCCAGAGACCGUGAAUUGCAGCUAUGAUCGCCUCACAGCCUUCUCUGUGGCAAGAAGAGAGCUGAAUGCCAGUCUUGAAAUGAGUGACGUUUCCAAGUUCCAGAGAUGCCCAGCAAGCCUGCUUCCUGGUAUUUCUAUUGUGGUUUUUACAAUUCUUUAUGCACUUUUGGUUACUAAAAGCAGACGCGUAGAUCACUAUGAAAAAAAGAAAACUGGUUACAUUUUUCUUCAAGAAAGCACCCCACCCGGCCACCAGCUGUAUGCAGUUGUCAUUGACACCGGCUUCCGGGCUCCAGCCCGCUUUAGCGCAAAGGUUUACAUUGUCUUAUGUGGUGAAAAUGGGCUUUCAGAACCCAAAGAACUCUACUGUCCAGAGAAGUCCCUGUUUGAAAGGAAUUCCAGACACACCUUUGUCCUGAGUGCUCCAGCCAGGCUGGGCCCGCUCCAGAAGAUCCGACUCUGGCACAACAGCUGUGGGCCCUCUCCUGCCUGGUACGUCAGCCAUGUGAUGGUGAAGGAACUGGGUGUGCAGCAGGGGCACAGCUGGCUCUUCCCUGCUGAGUGCUGGCUGGCGGUGGGCAGGCAGGACGGCUGCGUGGAGAGGGAGCUGGCCUGCUUGCACCAGGGCCUCGGCUUCUGGAAGCUUUUGUACUCCAAGUUCACAGAGUACCUGGAAGACUUCCACGUCUGGGCCUCGGCAUACAGCGCCCCACCCUGCAACGGCCUCCCGUGCACACAGCGCCUUACUGUUGCCUUUGCCCUGCUGUGCACACAUGCGUGCCUCACUGCCCUGGUCACUGCCACCAGACAGGAGCAGCUCCCGUGGGCUGCCAGCCCCAGCGAUGUCACUGCUGGGUCCUUCUGGGCGGGUUUCCUGUGCGCCCUCCUGGCUUCUCCUGGGGCACAGCUCUUGUCCCUGCUCUUCAGGCUCAGCAAGGAUGCCAGUGGGCCUCCCCGGGCAGAGCCACACCUGCCCCCGCAAGGAGCACUGGGGGAUGCAGCCCAGGGCCCUGAUUCCUGUAGAAGGACAGCUGGUGCACAGAAGACGUAUGAGGUGGUCAAGCCCAGGGGUAACAUUCUCUCUGGGAGUGCCAGGCCCUGUCCUGCCCCUGAGCUGGAGGCCCGCAGAGCUGUCCCAGGCCAGCGGGCAAACAGGGGGAUGAGUGACGUCUGCGCUGUCAGCUCCCAAGCCCCCUGCAGUGGCUUUGAAGGACUCACCGCACUCUGGUGGCCAAGGACCCUGCUGCCUUGGUUGAGCUUUGCAGCGUGGGCCAUUUGUGGGAUAGUCUGCGUGGCCUGUGGCUUGGGGACUGGACUCCUAGGGUACAGGUUUGGACCCACGUGGUGUGCUGGGUGGAUGUACCUGCUGGCUCUCUCUGUGCUGUGCUGUGCUUUCAUCACCCAGCCACUCAUGAUCGGCCUCGUGGCACUGGGCUUCGCUUGGAAAAGGAGGGCCGACAAGCACUUUUUCACUGAGUCAUUACGAGAAGCUACCAAGGGUCUGGACGCCGAGCUGGAGGAGCUUCCCAGGACCUGCACGCCCCUCCAUUCAUGCUGUGGGGUCCCCCUCUGUGCAAGUGAAGUUGAAAAGGCCUUGGCUUACCGGCAACAUGUGCGCCGCCUGCGCUGGGCACGGCCACCGACCACAGCACAGCUCAGGGUCACCAGGGAGAAGAUGAGAAGAGAGGCAUGGACACAGGUGAUGCUGAGGGACAUUGCCAUGUACACCUUCAUACUGCUUCUGCACUUGUUUUUAACAUAUGGGCAAUUCUCCCGAGAUGAACAGGCUCUCAAUCAAGCUAUCCGGAAUGAGUUUACAAGAGGUGCCAGGAGCUCCUCCAGGGGCCUGCAAAGUGUGGAUGAGUGGUGGGGCUGGAGCCUGAGCACACUGCUGGACAGCCUGUACCCCAGGGGUUCCUCCACAGCCAGCUCUUCAGGCGCUCAGCCUGGAGCUCUGGGGGGAAACUGCUACCUAGUAGGCACAUUGCUAAUUAAACACCUACGAGUUCCUCCUGGGAGUUUAUGCAAGCUUCCCAGCCCCUUCUCAGCGCCAGUCCAAGAUGCCCUCCCUUCAUGUGGCCCCAAAGUUGGAGGCCCUGGGAUGCCUUCUGUGACAGAUCCAGUGAUCCAGAGUCUGGCCCCCAGUGGCACCUGGGGCUGUGGGUCCUGGGAGGACUGUGUGCUCAGCCUGGGCAGCACAAGGUCGGAGGCCCAUGCAGCCCUGACCAGACUAAGGGCCAGCAGACGGGUGGACCAGCAUACCAGGGCUAUGUCUGUGCACUUUGCCCUCUACAACCCUGCAACCCAGCUCUUCUCCAGCGUGUCCCUGAGCUCCGAGGUGCUCCCAGCCGGGGACCUCACCUUCUCCUCUGUGGUGGAGUCAGUCACUGUCUUCCACAGCGACUCAGCCAGGUGGUACCUCCGCACACUUCCUGAGCUGUUCUUCCUGGGGCUCAACCUGAUACACGUCUGUUUUCAACUCUAUGGCAUGGCAGAGAAGGGCGCCUACAACUACUGGCGAAAACCGCGAAGCUGGCUGGAGCUCUCCAUUGUGGGAUCUGGCCUUGCCUACUCUGCAGCCUCCAGCCACCUGAUCGCCCUUGCUGGGCAGGUGACCAACCAGUUCCAAAAAGGACUUUUCCAAGGGUUUAUGGACCUCCAUCUCACGGCCUCAUGGAACCAGAGGGUGAGGUGGCUUCAGGGAGUCCUGUCCUUCCUCCUGACUCUGAAAAUCAUCUACCUUCUCGGCAUUCAAAAGACCCCGGUGUCCUGCUCCUCCACAAUGCGUGGCUCACUCUCUAGCAUCUUGGCAACAGGGCUGGUGGGCAUCCUGAUGCUGGCAGCCCACUGCCACCUGCACAGUGUCUCACUCUUCUCCUGGGCUCUGCCAUCUGGCAUGUUCGCAGACUCCUCGCUCAGCCUACUGUUUCUUUUUCCGGGAAGACACCGAAGAGACACGUUCCUCAGCCUUGCGAAGCCUGACCAGCAUGCCCUGGCUUGGUACUCUGGGGCCCUUCUCACAGUAAUGGCCACUUUGUGGUUUGGAAUGCUGAGGGGUUCCCACAUGACUCUUGCUGAAAAACGAACAUCUUCUCAAAGAAAAUCUCUCAUGAGACUUACAGACCUGACUGCCUUCAUAUGGGAGAAGGUCCUCUCCUGCCUGGGUCUGGGCAGGCCGGGGCUAGAGGAGGCUGAGAUGGUUGAGCAUCACAAUCACUCCCUGGAUGAACUUGCAUACCUGUUAGAUGAACUUCUGUUGAAGAUUAAUGGUUUGUCUGACUGCCCACGACCCCCUCUUCUGAAACAACAAUCCAGUGAUAUGGUGGAGACUGGAGCACAAGUUGGCACCUCGGUGGGUGUUUCUGCCUGCCAGGCUGCAGGGGAUUAAAAGAGAAGACAUUGCAUACUGCUAAAUUAGUGUUUACAGGAAAAUCUGUGACAUAUGUUAUGGAGCAGCAACCAAUAUGCAUUCAACUCAUCAAAAAAUGCACAUGCACAUGCUAAGCUAAGCAAAGCAGAAGGAAUGAAUUUGUAAAGCUGCAAGCAUAAUGUAAUUAAAUCAACAGCAAAAAUGAAUUAACCCCAUACAGAGGCACUCAAGAUGGCAGCGUGAAUAGGGUGGCAGAAAUCUCCCCAAACCAUGUAUGUUUUUGAAAAUACAGCAAUAAAACUAUUCCUAAAAGAGAGAACAGAAGGUGCAGUACAACAGUCAGGCUACAUCUACAUCUGUGAGAACUCAGUAUCUCACA